UUUCUGAUCAGUUCUCAGCGCAACACCACACGAGCCGUAGCUCACUCGGAAAAUUAUCCGUACCUCGUUGAUAAGGAUAUAAACAAACGUUUGUUUUGAUAUUCCCGAGGUUCUUAAUCCGUCGAGCAUCGGGCGAACGAGUCGCGAAGAAUUAUCGAAGCGAUUCCAAGUAAAAUCGCGCACCGAACCGACGCUAUUUUUCAGUUUUUAGCGAACUUUCGUGCGCGUUCCUCGAGUGAGGGUGACUUUAAACUCGGUUAUCCGUAAAAAAAUACCGACUUUUGUAGCAUUUUUUUUACCAGUGAUCGUGCUUCGGAGUUUUUCGCUAAUUUUCGAACAAACUUUGUGAAUUUAUAACGAUGUACAACGGAGUUACACCAGCCGAAAGAUAGUCGCGCGUCGAGCAUGUCUUCGCCGCACGGUGCAGGUACCUUCGACUCGAGUUGUCAUCAGGUUUAAAUAACCCUGCUACUUUUUCGACCCACUGGGUGUGCAAAGGGCCGGUGUUCAUCAUGGAGGGGAUCGCGUAUCUCCUGGUCCUCGUUCAACUUCUGGGUUCAAUUAUGGGCGCGGAGGACUUUCGACACAUCGCAUACGAAGAUCUAGUCGGUAGCAAUCUCUUCCAGAUGGAUGGCGUAACGUCUUUCUCGCAACUAUUGUUCGACGUGGCGAGACAGCAGGUCUUCGUCGGCGCUCGCGACAACUUGUACCGAUUAACUUUAAACCCUUUGGCUGUCCUCGAGCACGCAUCUUGGCCAGCACCGCCAGAAAAAGCAUCGACGUGUCAGGAUAAAGGGCAGAGUGCCGACGACUGUCACAAUUAUAUCAAGGUGGUCCUCAGCAACGGAAAACGUCUCUUCGCCUGUGGAACGAACGCAUUCAGUCCUGAGUGCACGUGGAGAGAGAUCGAGAACAUAACCAGCGUUACCAAUCGGAUGACCGGAGUCGCCAUGUGCCCUUAUUCUCCACACGCGAAUGUUACCGCUUUGUUAGCAAUGGGACCAUCGGGGGGAUUGUUCGCCGGUGCUCCGACUGAUUUUGCAGGUGCUCAUCCGGCAAUAUACAGAACCUUGGCCGCUCCGACCUUAAAAACACAUCAGUACGAUCCGAAGUGGUUGAACGACCCGCAGUUUGUCGGAAGCUUCGAGACGGAUGAUCACGUUUAUUUUCUCUUCAGGGAGUCUGCGGUCGAGUACAUGAAUUGCGGCAAGAGAAUCUAUUCGAGGAUCGCGAGGGUCUGCAAAAACGACCCGGGUGGUCAGACAAUAAUGCAGGAUAAUUGGACGACAUUUUCGAAGGCUAGACUCAACUGUUCGUUACCUGGAGAAUUCCCAUUUUAUUACGACGAAAUACAAGGAGCCGCUUAUCAACCAGAGGAGGGAAUAGUCUACGCAACUUUUACCACACCGACUAACAGCAUACCCGGCUCCGCUAUCUGUGCCUUCAACAUGUCAGCUAUCGUCGCUUCUUUCAACGGACCGUACAAACAUCAGGAAAACUCUGGAUCGGCAUGGGAAAGAAGAUCAGUCGCGAAUCGCAACAGACAAUACUGUGGAACGGCUACGACCAACGCUGCCAAUCAAUUGCUCGAUACCCAGAGAUAUCAGCUUAUGGACGACGCUGUCCAAAGCGCGACUUUGGAACCCCUGCACACGACGAUCAUGGAAAGGUUCACACACAUAGCCGUUGACGCCACUCCGACGAAGGUUCACCGCAGUGUAACCGUUCUGUACGUGGCUACCACGGAAGGGCUUAUAAAAAAGAUUUCAGUUCUACCUCGAACUCAAGAGACUUGUGUACUCGAGGUUUGGGGUCCGCUACCCUCCACCCUGAUGACUUUGCAGUUUCUCAAGGACACCCAGAGUCUCUACGUCGGGAUGGAGAACGGUCUUCUCAGAAUCCCGGCAGCCCAGUGUCACAGACAUCGAGGUCGUCAAGCCUGCGUUAAUUCCCAGGAACCUUACUGCGGAUGGAACGACAUGACGCAAAAAUGCGCUGCUAUACCAGCUCACGCGCACCUGGACGGUCACUGGAUCCAACAAGCCACUCACUGCCCCGUGUUAACCGAUCCAGUCGAUGGGGGAUGGAGUUCGUGGAGCUCGUGGACACCCUGUCAGCACGGAACUGCGGCUCAAGACUCGCAUUCUUAUCACGGACACGGUUACGACGACAGUAGAGAGAGCACCGAUAUGUGUAUGUGCCAAACCAGAGAAUGCAAUAAUCCUCCUCCAAAACACGGAGGUGCAGGUUGCGAGGGUACGAAAGUGCGGGUGUCAAAUUGCACGGUACACGGCGGUUGGACCGCGUGGUCCGCCUGGUCCGAGUGUUCUCAGACUUGCGGUUUUGCGAUGAAGACAAAACGAAGGACCUGCGGUAACCCUGCACCCGCUUUCGGAGGAAGAGUUUGCGUCGGUCACGACCGCGCUGAAACGGUAUGCCUCGGCGUACCCCCCUGCCCUACCCCAGCUAAGGCUUCGCCACCCCCGGUAAAUGGGCAAUGGUCAUCUUGGGGCCCGUGGGAUAAGUGCUCCAGACCUUGCGGAGGAGGAACUCGCACGAGGAGACGCGACUGUGAUAAUCCCCCACCUUCCGAUGGUGGUGCCGAGUGUCCUGGUUGUGGUUUUCAGGUCGAAGACUGCAACGUUCACCAGUGCGACGACGAAAAACGUUCUUCCGCUAUGACACCGUGGGUUCCGGUGAAUCUGUCGGCUUCUGGUUCUGGUUAUACGGAAAAACGCUACCGUUUCAGUUGCCGUAUCCAGCCGAAAGAUCCUUCGGGGCUCAGGGUUCAAAUGGCGAAGGAAGAACGAUUUUGUAAUUCGGACGGUUCCUGUCUGAAAGCGACAGGCGCGGGAACCAGUGACACCUCCGAAGACGGAUGGGGCGAAUGGUCCUCCUGGACAUCGUGCUCCAGAUCCUGCGGAAAAGGCGUCCAGCACAGGGUGCGACAGUGCGAAUCUCCGGCUUGCGAAAAUGCGGAGGCGAUUUCCGGCGAUAGCUCGAAGCAGACAAGAUUCUGCAACACGCAACCUUGCAGAGAUUCUUCGGGUGGGCAGUGGUCAUGCUGGACGGACUGGUCGGAGUGCUCGGUAUCAUGUGGGAUCGGAGUACGUUGGAGAUCGAGAAAGUGCUUGGAUGGGUACGACGAGGAUGUCGAGAACAGGUGCGAGGGGCCGACCACUGCUAGAGAAUCGUGCGAAAUGCCGAGCUGCGAAUCUCUUCGCGGAUGGGAUCAGUGGAGUUCUUGGAGUUCGUGCAAUUCAGCCGGACAGCAACACAGAAAACGAGUUUGUCUACAAGAACCUUGCGCCCAAGAACGAUCCAGAGAGUCGAGGGAUUGCUUACUCGACUGGAUGGACAAUGACAUAUCGAACGCGCUUCCUCGUAGCGUCGCUGCAGCCGGCGUUUCGGUUGGCGCGGUUGUGGGUAGCUGCAUAAGCGGAGUUAUAAUCGGGAUAAUAAUAGCCGGUGUUCUUUGCUUCGUCUAUCAGAAACGUCGGCAACCCAGAGUCCCUGGAAGUCCCCACUACAUCAGCAAACAAAAUCCUUACGUGACCGUUCCGCUGAAAGAAGUGAACACCAAGAGGCAACCGAGUUUCUCCGGAAGUACAAACGGCAACGGUACCCUUCGUACGAAAAACAAUCCGAACGUGAAUGGCGGAUUGGGAAGUCCGAAGUUGUAUCCUAAGGUCCUGGACUACGAGUCGGCAACCUUGAAAAGGAAUAGCCACGGUCAACCGCACAUAAGAGCGGACUUGGAUCAAGACAUGUACUACUGAGGUGGAGUGCCGUGGGUUUUACCGCAGAGGAAAAAAUCGCACGUGAUUCGCUGCAAUCGCCGUAGAAAUAAUCAGGCGAAUCGGUCCAGAAGUACCGUAAGGUAUACGCAAUUAGUACGAGUUAUGGGAACUUGCCGCGUGGUCGAUCACUCUUCAGUGAAUGAGUAAGGAUUGAAAUCCAGCGUAAUGAAAAACGCGAAAUUUCAUUUCUAGUAUUAAUAGGCCUCGGGGUUUUUCCCGUUAUUUUCGAUUCCAUUUAUUUUAUUGUCAUUAUUUCGUUUCUGUCCGAUAUUGUACAAUUGCUGACAAACGGCCAGCAACAAAAGGCUGUGCAAAUCCAACCAGUACGGUAGAGAGUUCUAUUGGAUUUGUUUGACAAUUCACGUCGAGGGAAAUGAGUGAUACGAGUUAGGAAUUCUAAACGACAGUCUGACACGAAGUGUAUGAUUUAUACACGUAUGCACCAUAUACGUUUUGGAAUAAUAAGUGCCUUAUUAAAAGUAUAGCUCUUAGAUUUUAAUUAUCGUUACAUAUUGCGAGUAAGUAUUCUACUUGUGAUUAAUAGUUGCUCAAUAUUGCGUGAACGUCAAUAUUAAUAUUAAAAUGGAGAAAAAAAAAGAAGAAAUAAUACAACAAAGUGAAAGGAACUGAAAAAUUAAUCGCAAGGGAAUAAAAAUAACGUCUUAAUAUUAUUGACAGCUAACAAAUAAUUUCAUCGAUCACAUUUUCUCGAUUAACGAGACAGUUGGAGAUGGCGGAGAAAAGAAAAAUAAUUAUCGAUUGAUUCCAAUUCACGGGCAUUCAACGGAAAACAUUUGUAUAAAUAUUCACAAAACUCACCCCCUCUACUGAUAUCCAUUAUUAUUAUUACAUUGAGGGCACGCGAUGGUAGUCAAUCAAUAAAUCGACCAACUGACGGAGUAUUGUUUCGCGAUAUAAUAUAUACGGUUAUUAUAGUAUGUAAAUAGAUGUAUGAAUCAUAUUAUGUAUUUAAUGAACAAGUCAGAGAAUCAAAAAAUUUAUAUCUGUAAAUAUCAUGCAUCUCUAUAAAAAACAUUAUUAAUAUCGUCAUAGUAAAAUAGAUGAAUAUGAAUAUAUUUUGAUGUAGUCGUUUAUUCGAAUUUAGAUUAACUUUAUCAUCAUACGAAUGACAUUAUUGUGCCAUCUCUCCGCUCUAUUUGUAUAUACGUUUAUCACAAUAUUGUAGGUAUUAUCAACGUGACGAAGCAUUUAAAAUGUAGCGAGUGAAAAUGGUGCCUUUUAAGCGAUACAUAUACUAUUUUAAGGUAUUAUCAUUAUUACUAUCAUUACUAUCAGAAUAGUUAAUAACAUUGUUAUCAAAUUUACUUUUUCAGAUUCAAGUAUACAGAAAUGACUCAUAUUGAGUUACUUGUAUUUUUAAGAGAGCUAAUAUCUUUAAGCAUAUACCUAUAUUGAUGGAUCUAGUAGAUAGAAUUUAUACUAUGCAUCGUAAUAUAACUCCCGGUAAAAUAUCAUAUUAUAUUACAUCUUUAGCCUUCCCGUGAAAUACCAGUAAUAUUUUAUUGUAUCGAUAUCAUGCUGCCAUUUAGUUUCAGAUUCUUUUUACGUGCUAUCGUUAGCCUAUUAUUUUAUGUACCCCAUUCGCUGUUUAUUAAAAAUCCAUUUUCUAUA